GAAAAAGACUUCAAUCCAGUUUAGAGGAGUUUAUGAACAAGCUGCUAACUGAAGGAACAAUAACAAUUUAAAGAAAUAAUCGUCAAAUAGGAGGAAGAGAUGGAUGAUCCGCGCAGACUGCUGGAUUUUUCCCGAUCCCCCCAGAUAAUUUUACACCGAAUAGAUUGCUUGGAGCAUAAAGUUCACAGCCAGGAGAGGAGCUCCACUCUGGAAAAGGAGGAGUUGGAACCUCUGCAGGUUAACCAAGAUGACAAAGUGGUCGUCCAGGAAGCUGCUGAAGCUGAGAACCAAGAUCGGAAAAGAAGAAAACCUUUCUCAUGCGUCACCUGUAAAAAGCGAUUUCCUUUCAAAUCUGGCUUUGUUGCUCACAUGAGAACUCAUACUGGUGAAAGGCCGUUUUCAUGUGUGAACUGUGAACAACGUUAUAAGGUAAAAUCUCAAUUAACUCAGCACAUGAGGAUUCACACAGGUGAAAAGCCAUUUUCAUGUGAGACCUGUGGUAAAUGUUUUCAUCGAAAACAGCUUUUCACUCAGCACAUUGCGAUUCACACAGGUGAAAAGCCUUUCAUGUGUGUGACUUGUGAAAGGCGUUUCGCUUCAAGAUCUACUCUCGAUGUUCACAUGAGAACUCAUACGGGUGAAAAGCCAUUUUCCUGUGGGACCUGUGGAAAGUGUUUCACUGUUAAACAUUCUCUCGAUGUUCACAUGAGAACUCAUACGGGUGAAAAGCCAUUUUCAUGCGGGACCUGUGGCAAAAGUUUUUGUGACAAACGUACUUUAACUUGUCACGUGGUGAUUCACACCGGUAAAAAACCGUUUUUAUGUGUCAACUGUAAAAAAUGUUUUAGAGAAGAAUCUCAAUUAACUCAGCACAUGAUAAUUCACACAGGCGAAAAGCCGUUUUCAUGUGAGACCUGUGGUAAAUGUUUUCAUCGAAAACCGCUUUUAACUCAGCACAUUGGGAUUCACAAAGGUGAAAAGCCGUUCAUGUGUGUGACUUGUGAAAGGCGUUUCGCUUUAAGAUCUACUCUCAGUGUUCACAUGAGAACUCAUACUGGUGAAAAGCCAUUUUCCUGUGGGACCUGUGGUAAAAGCUUUCCUCAAAGACGGAAUUUAACUGACCACAUGAGGACUCACACCGGUGAAAAGCCUUUUCUGUGUGUGACUUGUGGACAGGGUUUUUGUAAGAAACAGUCUUUAACUGAUCACAUGAAGAUUCACACUGGUGACAAGCCGUUUUCAUGCGUGUCCUGUGGAAAACGUUUUCGUCUAAAAAGUUUUUUAACUCAGCACAUGACGAUUCACACAGGGGAAAAGCCUUUUUCGUGUGUGAACUGUGGAAAAUGUUUUCGUCAAAAAGCGCAAUUAACUAAGCAUGUGACGAUUCACACCGGUGAACACCCCUUCUCAUGUGGGACCUGUGGAAAAAGUUUUCGUGUAAAAAGCCAUUUAACUCAGCACAUGAAGAUUCACACAGGCGAGAAGCCUUUUGUGUGUGGGAUGUGUGAAAAGCGUUUUGUUCUCAAGUGUUUUCUCAAUGCUCACAUGACAACUCAUACGGAUGAAAAGCCGUUUUCAUGCGAGACCUGUGGAAAAUGUUUUAGUAGAAAACACGUUUUGACUAAGCACAUGAUGAUUCACGCAGGUGCAAAGCCUUUUGUGUGUGUCAUCUGUGGAAAGUGUUUUCGUCUAAAACAUCAUAUUAAUUGGCACAUGAGGAGUCACACAGGUGAAAAGCCAUAUAUGGAUGAUCAUCGCAGACUGCUGGAUUUCUCCCGGAGGCCCCAGAUAAUCUUACACCGAAUAGAUUACCUGCUACAUGAUGUUUAUAAGGAGAAGCUAUGUGACCAAGAGAAGAGCUCCACUCUGGACCAGGAGGAGUUAGAACCUCUGCAGGUAAAACAGGAAGAGCCAGAAGAUCAACAGAUAAAAGAAGAGCAGGAGGAUCUAAAACAUGAGCAGAUAAAAGUGGAAGAGAAAGAAGUUUACUGCAGUCAGGCUGAAGAACAGCUUGAGUUAAAACAGGAGACUGAUACCUGCAUGGUGGUUCCUGUUGGUGAGCAAACAGACCACACUGAAUCAGAACCAAACAGGAACCAAGACAUCUUCCAGGAAGCUGCUGAAGCUGAGAACCAAAAUCAGGAAAGAAGAAAACCUUUCUCAUGUGACAUCUGUGAAAAGCGUUUUGCUUUCAAAUCUGCUUUUGAUGCUCACAUGAGAACUCAUACGGGUGAAAAGCCAUUUACAUGUUUGACUUGUGGAAAAUGUUUCUGUCAAAAACAGAAUUUAACUGAACACUUGAAUAUUCACACUGGUGAAAAACCGUUUUCAUGUGUGACCUGUGGAAAAUGUUUUCGUUUAAAACAGACUUUAACUAAGCACAUGAAUAUUCACACAGGUGAAAAGCCUUUUUCAUGUAUGAACUGUGGAAAAAGUUUUCGAUUGAAAGAGCAAUUAACUCCGCACAUGAGGAUUCAUACAGGUGAAAAGCCUUUUUCAUGUGUUAACUGUGGAAAAGGUUUCACUGUCAAAUAUGAUCUCGAUGUUCACAUGAGGAUUCAUACAGGUGAAAAGCCUUUUUCAUGUGAGAACUGUGGAAAAAGUUUUAGUCUAAAACGGACUUUAAUUAUGCACAUGAGGAUUCACACCGGUGAAAAGCCUUUUUCUUGUGUACAAUGUGGAAAAAGCUUUAGUCAAAAAGAACAUUUAACUCAGCACAUGAGGAGUCACACCAGUGAAAAGCCUUUUCCAUGUGCGAACUGUGGAAAAAUUUUUAGUCGAAAACAGAAUUUAAUUCAGCACAUGAUGAUUCACACUGGUGAAAAGCCUUUUUCAUGUCUUACCUGUGGAAAAAGUUUUAGUCGAAAACAUCAUGCAAUACGGCACAUGAGUAGUCACACCAGUAAAAAGCCUUAUUCAUGUGUGACGUGUGAAAAGCGUUUCUUCAUCAGAUCUGCUCUAAAUGUUCACAUGAGAAUACAUAAAGGUGAAAAGACUUUUUCUUGUCUGAGCUGUGGAAAACGUUUUAGUCUAAAACAGAAAUUAACUCAGCACAUGACGAGUCACACAGGUGAAAAGGCAUUGUCAUGUGUUAACUGUGGAAAAACAUUUAGUCAAAAACAGCAUUUAACUCAGCACAUGAGGAUUCAUACAGGUGAAAAACCUUUUUCAUGCGAGAACUGUGGAAAACGUUUUAGUCAAAAACAGCAUUUAACUCAGCACAUGAGGAGUCAUACAGGUGAAAAACCUUUUUCAUGUGUAACCUGUGGUAAGAGUUUUACUGCUAAAUCUUCUCUCGGUAUUCACAUGAGAACUCAUACUGGUGAAAAGCCUUUUUCAUGUGGGAACUGUGGAAAAAGUUUUAGUCAAAAACAGAAUUUAACUAAGCACAUGAGGAAUCACACCGGUGAAAAGCCUUUUUCAUGUGUACAAUGUGGAAAGUGUUUCGCUAUCAAAUAUUUACUCUAUGUUCACAUGAGAACUCACACAGGUGAAAAGCCUUUUUCUUGUUUGAACUGUGGAAAAAGUUUUUGUCUAAAAGGGCAAUUAACUCAGCACAUGGAGAUUCAUACAAGUGAAAAGCCUUUUUCAUGUGUACAAUGUGGAAAGUCUUUCGCUAUCAAAUAUUUACUCAAUGCUCACAUGAGAACUCAUACAGGUGAAAAACCUUUUUCAUGUCUGAACUGUGGUAAGAGAUUCACUGGUAAAUCUUCUCUCAAUGCUCACAUGAGAACUCAUACAGGUGAAAAACCUUUUUCAUGUGGGAACUGUGGAAAAAGUUUUUAUCAAAAACAGAAUUUAAAUAAGCACAUGAGGAUUCAUACUGGUGAAAAGCCAUUUUUAUGUCUGAAAUGUGGAAAAUGUUUUAGUCAAAAAUAUCAUUUAACUCGGCAUGUAAUGAUUCACACCAGUGAAAAGCCUUAGAAGUUCACUAUAAAUGGCAUUUGGAUAAAAACGUGUUAUUUACUAGAGGGCUAUCUAUAAAAUCUAUAAAGUGGUGAAAUUUUUUAAUUAAGUUGUUAAAUGUGAUAGUUUGGAUCUUGAAAUUUGGAUUCUUAGAAAUGUGCAUCUCUGAAACGUUUUCCUUGAGCGACAUUUUUUUUGCUGUUUUGUAGUUGUUUUGCUUACAAAACCAUUGAUUUUAUUGAUUCUACUCAUUCUUGUUUUUAUUACUUAUUCAUGCCUUAAAAUAAGUAAUUAUUAUGUUUGGAUUAAAAACAUUUAAUCAUUCUUA